AUGGACUACAGACUAUUAACCACGAAGUACUCGAAUAACUCCCAACAGGAUAAUAUCAGCCCUUUUAUUCAACAUCAUCCAUCCCUCAGACCGUGGCCGAACUUCCUCUAUGGAGCUUUCAGCUUUGAUUCGGCCAGUUGGAGUAGUGCAGCGCAACCCAUCAGAAAAGCUACAGAGACAGGUUUCUUGUUCUUCCUCGGGAGCCUAUAUGCCUGGAUUCUCGCCAGAUACCGCAUCCCAGCAUCUGGCCCAUGUCUCGACAUCUCGCAGCAUGAAGCAUGCAUAUUGGGUAGUUGGAAUAUAGACGCGGCACAACGCAUGCACGCCAUCGCGGCACCUUUUCCGAGAGAACCAAUAGCCUGUUCAACCGCAUACAAGUAUGACCAUCAGAGACGGCAUUUACAUGUCUGA